GAUUGGCUACUGAACUAACAACACAGAGUAACAGCAGCUAAAUUGUCCACCCACUCAUCAAAGUUAGCUAGCUAGCUAGCUAGCCAAAACUUUAUUGCUAGCUAGGUUAGCAAAGUGCCGAAUUUAUAGCUAAGAACUUAGGUUUGUUGUAGUAUAAAACUGGACUUUUAUUUACCGUCGAAGUAUCGAAAAGGGGAGUAAAACCAUUGUUCGAACUGGACCGCCUAAAGUUUCUCAUAGUCCCAAUCCCAGCACUGAAUAAUUUCAGAGGGCUGCUGAGGAGAGCUGUGCUGGCACUGCUAAGCCAAUCUGAAACUGUAGCCUGACGGACAACACUUUCUGAGGAUCUCUCUCUGUCAUUCCUGGUGCUACGUGUCAGCUUAAGAGGUCAAUCAAAGGCGAGCACAAGGGGAAUUUUAGGACUAGUUCUCCUGGACCAUCAGAUGUUUUCCACUUUUUUGUUUUUAUCACAAUUUUUGGGAUUUAAACUGGGAUCGUCCCACUUAUAAGUCUUCAAUGGAUUCCGUUGGCUCUUUGGCUAGCAUUGUUGAUGAGGACCAGUCCUAUCAUGUCCGCUACAGGAUGGAUGCAUCCUGCCUGGAGCUGGCCCUGGAGGGUGAGCGGCUCUGUAAAGUGGGCGACUACCACGCUGGGGUGGCCUUCUUCGAGACAGCCAUCCAGGUUGGCACAGAGGACCUGCAGGUGCUGAGUGCCAUUUACAGCCAGCUGGGCAAUGCAUACUUCCAUCUGCACAACUACGCCAAGGCGUUGGAGUUCCACCACCACGACCUCACCUUGACCAGGACCAUCGGGGACCAGAUGGGAGAGGCCAAAUCCAGCGGUAACCUAGGCAACACAUUGAAGGUGUUGGGUAGGUUUGAUGAGGCUGUGGUCUGCUGUCAGAGGCACUUAGACAUUGCCAUGGACCUGAACGACAAGGUGGGACAGGCUAGGGCGCUGUAUAACUUUGGGAACGUGUAUCAUGCAAAAGGAAAGAGCAUCUGCUGGAGCGGGGCGGAGCCAGGAGAGUUCCCCGACGAGGUCACUACUGCACUUAGGAAAGCAGCGGAAUAUUACGAAGCAAACUUAUCCAUAGUAAAGGAGCUUGCAGACCCGGCCGCCCAGGGCCGAACAUAUGGUAACCUUGGCAACACACACUACCUGUUAGGAAACUUCCAGAAUGCAGUGGCAUCACAUGAACAGCGCCUCCAGAUUGCCAAGGAGUUUGGCGACCGCUCAGCAGAGAGAAGGGCCUAUUGCAACCUGGGGAACGCGUAUAUAUUCCUGGGUGAAUUUGAAGUGGCAGCCGAGCAUUACAAGAGGACUCUGCAGCUGGCCAGACAGCUGAAGGACCGGGCUGUAGAGGCUCAGGCCUGUUACAGUCUGGGAAACACCUACACACUCCUCCAGGACUACGAGAGGGCCAUAGACUACCACCUCAAACACCUGAUCAUAGCACAGGACCUCAACGACCGGAUUGGUGAGGGCCGGGCGUGCUGGAGUUUAGGGAACGCUCACACCGCCCUGGGGAACCAUGACCAGGCCAUGCACUUUGCUGAGAAACACCUGGAGAUCUCCAAAGAGACUGGUGACCGGAGCGGGGAGCUGACGGCCCGUAUGAACGUGUCAGACCUGCAGAUGGUGCUGGGGCUGAGCUACAGCACCAACAACUCCACCCUGUCUGAGAACCCCAUCAAGGACAUGGACCACAACCUGCACGGAGCCAGGCCCCGGAUAGGACGGAGAAACAGCAUGGAAAACCUGGAGCUCAUGAAACUCACCCCCGACAAGAUCAAUGCUCAGAAGUGGAACAGUGACAUCUUGACCAAGCAGUCUAAACCCACCCUGGCUAAGAGCUCCUCCAAGCUGUUCUUCAUCAGCCGUCUGCGGGGGAAGAAGAACAGGGCUGGGGGCUCCAGUAAAGUCCUGCAGGACACCAGUAACACCCCCCAGAUCCCUGCACAGGGACCACAGAAGAGGGCCAGUCCAGACAUGCUCGGGGACGAGGGCUUCUUUGACCUGCUGAGUCGUUUCCAGAGUAACCGGAUGGACGACCAGCGUUGUUCCAUACAAGAGAAGAGCCGUCUGUCAGUCAGUACCAGCUCCUCUGACUCUCCACCCAGAGCCAUGAGGAAAUCAGUGUCCGAUGCGGCAGCAGUAGAAGGCCUGGGCUCUGGGUCUGGUGCCCAGGGUCGCCGGUUAGAGGAAGGUGGAGGUGCUGGGGGUAGUUUGCCCGGCCUUCGGCUCAACAGGCACAGCAGCCAGGCUGUCCUCAGCCACCUGAUGGCUAACGCAGACAACACGGAGCCUGACGAUGACUUCUUCGACAUGCUCGUCAAAUGCCAGGGUUCUCGGCUGGAUGACCAGCGCUGCGCCCCUCCCCCGGCCCGUGGCCCCACCGUCCCAGACGAGGACUUCUUCAGCCUCAUCACGAGGUCCCAGGCCAAACGCAUGGACGAGCAGCGGGUCACCCUGCCCUCCGCAGCAGGCUCUGCAGCACGGCCCUGCUCCAACUGAGCCUUGUCCAUGGAGAGUACCCCGACAGGGGUGAAAACCCAGGAGACGGGGCUUCUGGAGGAAAACAAUGUGGAAGAAGGGUGUGGAAGUUUCGUCCACUUGUGGAGAUGAGGACGUUGAUGCUGUACUCAACAGUGGAUGGAGCUAUUUUACAUAGACCAGAACUUUUCAAUGGUCUUUUCUGUCCGUAACAUAGACCAAUAAUGGUUGUUGGUAGGAUUCCGAAGUCUCAUUUCACAGUUGAAAGCACUGCCAGCAUUAAUGUAGUAGCCUAUAGGGAACAAUGCAACAUUCAAAAACUAAAGUAACCCACUGAGGGUUAUAGACUAUGAAAUCAACUGUUCUCAAUUUUACCUUUACUAUCUGGAACUGUACUGGACCUGUAAAACUACACAGACGAACAUGAACUAACAUAUCAAACGAGUAGGUCCAGGGCAUUAUUCUGUAUGAUUAUGUACUCACUACAACCUGAAAAUUGAUCUUUAGAUACAAACAAAACUGCAGUCAUGACUCAUGUAUUUAUUGCACCUUUUAAAAAAAAAAAAAAUGUAUGAUUUUGUUUUAAGUGCUUACGUACUGCCGUUUUUACUUCCCCUUGUGGUUGGUUUGAUUUUGCACCAUACUUUUCUGAUGUAGACUAGAUUCAAAGACCGGUACAGCACUCUUUCCAUGUGUUUUUGAAUUGUCUAUAUGUGUAUGUUAGGAGUUAUGGAGGGUGGGGAUACCUCAUUUAGGUAAAGAAAUGCUCUUUCAGCCUCAACCAUCUGAUAAAAUAAUUAAUUCACCCAUGGGUGUGUUUUGUCCCUGAUGCUCUUUUGUACUUCCUAUAUAUAUUUUUUUUAAUGAGAUCAGAGGAAUGAACACUUGUUUAUUUAGUAUAGAAAUCAUGUCUUACUUUUUGAUAACACAUUUUAAAAUAAAACAUAUUGUUGCGUU